CCGGCUGACCUCGGGGGGUGGGGGCGCUGCGGGAGGGGGAGAGAGGGCUUCGUGCCCGGUGUUUUUGGGGUGAGGGGUUCGCGGGACCUUCUGCCCCGUAGGGAAGGGGUGUGAGGUUGCUGGCGAGCCGGGCUGUGCCGUUCCAUGUCCCGGUGCCGGAGCGCUUCGCUGCUCCGGGAUGGACGGGAGCGAGCCCCGGGGCAGCCGCUCGCCGGGCGCUGGGAGCGGGCAGGAGGCGGCGAGCGAAGCACCUGGUUCGGGGAAGCCGAGGGGAGAGCACCGGGAAGCUGCGGGGUGCCGCUGCGCUGCACGCGUGGGAGCCAGCUCCGGUAGCAAGCGGAGCGACGGACCCAAAUCCAGAAGGGAUCGCUGCUGCUGCGAGUCAAGCGGCAGUUCGGCGCGGAGUUUGAGGAGGCAGAGCAAAGUUAACAACAGUGAUCAGCUGGAUUGGAGCCAGUCUCACGAAGACCUGAUGACGAUGAUCCAGGAAAUGAAAAAGUGUUUGCCUGAAGAUAAAAGGAGUUCCAGCAAGCCCAGUACCAUCAGUGCUCUCAAUUAUGCUUUGCAGUGUGUCCAACAAGUCCAAGCAAACAAAGAGUUUUUCCAGGCCUUGAAUGAUCGAAGAGUGUUUCAGACGGAUGUGACGACAUACAGCAUAGAAGAGUUGGUGACAGUUGCAUCAGAACACACUCCAAAAAACAGUGAUACCUUUGUGGCUGUGUUUUCCCUGCUUUCUGGGCGCAUAGUGCAUAUUUCCAAGCAGGCAGCAUCUAUUCUAAACUGUAAGAAGAAAGUGUUGGACUCUUCCCGGUUUGUGGAGCUGCUUGCCCCUGAGGAUGUGAGUGUGUUCUACACACAUACUGAUCAGUCCCACCUGCCGCUUUGGAAUGUGGAAAAUCAAACGGACUCUCUGUUUGAAUAUGCCCAGGUGAAAUCCUUUUUCUGCAGGCUCAGGGGUGGUAAAGAUCAAGAACAAGAAAAGCAUUGUUACCCAUUCCGAAUCACCCCGUACUUGGUCCACGUGUGUACUUCUGUCCACAUAGAUGCAGAAUCCUGCUGCUUAGCUUUGGCUGAGAAAAUUCAUUCUGGAUAUGAAGCUCCUCGAAUUCCUAUGGAGAAAAGAAUCUUCACCACCACUCACACUCCAGGAUGUGUUUUUCUUGAGAUAGAUGAUAGAGCAGUGCCUUUGUUGGGUUACUUACCUCAAGAUUUAAUUGGAACAUCCAUGCUGAUGUAUUUGCAUCCAGAAGAUCGUCCUUUGAUGAUCGCUGUUCACCGUAAAAUCUUGAAGUUUGCUGGCCAGUCCCCUUUCGAACACUUACCCAUUAGAUUUUGUACUCAAAAUGGGGAUUAUGUCAUACUGGAUACCAGCUGGUCCAGUUUUGUGAAUCCAUGGAGCAGAAAAGUGGUGUUCAUCAUUGGCCGACACAAAGUCCGAACAAGCCCUCUGAAUGAAGAUGUCUUUGCUGCAAGAAAUAAAGAAGCAAGCAGUGUUGAGAAAGAGAUAAGAGAAUUGCAAGGACAGAUUUACAAGCUGCUUCUGCAGCCAGUUCAUAGCAGCAUUUCCAGUGGUUAUGAUAGCCUUGGUAGCAGUGGCUCUUAUGAACACUAUAUCAGCAUAUCGUCUUCGAGUGACUCCAAUGGGAACUGUGCAGACGAAACACAAGAACCAAUAACUUUGCAACAAGUAUGUGCAGAUGUCAACCGAAUAAAAAAUCUUGGGCAGCAGCUGUAUAUUGCAUCAUGGAGCAAGCCACAGAAUGGAAAUGAACAGGCUAUGAGUUCAGAAAUGCUAGGAGGGAGGAGACACAGUGCUUCCUGUUUUCUCCAGAGAGUGAGAAGUGAUAGCACAGAAGAACCAGGCAAUAUACUUUAUGAUGAUUCAAAGAGGACUCCACUUGUUCCUUCCUAUCAGCAGAUUAAUUGUGUUGAUAGUAUCAUCAGAUAUCUAGAGAGCUGCAGUAUUCCGGUAUUGAAAAGGAAAUGUAAAUCUUCUACAAAUACAUCAUCAUCAUCUUCAGAUGACGACAAGAAAACCCAGCAAACUCAGCAGGAAUUCAAGGCAUUGGAAGUUAAUUCCCAAACUCCAGUAUCUGCUGAUGGGGAAGAGAUGCUGAAAAAGCAGACAACUGCAGGUGUCGUGGGAGCUCCUCUGGCAGACCUGACCCUGUCCAAGUCUCCAAGUGUGGUAUCUGCCACUAGCCAGUGCAGUUACAGCAGCACUAUAGUGCACGUCCCACACCCUCAAUCAGAAGUGACUACAAUGGAGGAUGCUGCUGUUGGAAAUGAACAAAUGGAACUGCCUCCUGUGAAUGAGCUCAUUAUGGUGCCUGAGGAGUUAAAGCCUGUUGGGCUAACAAAAGAGACCUUGUCAGCCCACACUCAAAAGGAGGAGCAGAACUACGUGGACAAGUUCCACCAGAGGAUCUUGCUCUCUCCAUUUAGGACUUACCUUCAACAGGGUAGCAGAAGUAACAAUGGACAUUCCUGUGGUCAAGGAGAUUCCCCUUCAUUGGAGAGGAGUACAGCUAGCUGCAAAAAAGGCAAACAUGGAAAAUUCAAGUGCCAGAAACCUCAGAGACAGUCCUUAGAUAGCCACUCUCAUAGUAAAAAUAGAAAUACAUGUAGUCUUCCACGUGAGAAGAGAACAAUUCAGAAACAGUCAUUUUUUCCCUCAGAAGUAUCCUGUCAGAGCUCCUCCACUAUGAAUGUAUUUCCUCCUGUGGGAUUUCCUGUCUAUUCAGAUCCACGAUCUAGUUUUCCAGCCUCUCUUGUAGGAGAGGAGCUUGCCCUUCACUCAUUAAAACCUGAGCCAACGUCAUUGUCACAGCUAAGCUGUGAAGCACCAUCGUUCCCAGCACUUUAUCCCCCAAACUUAGGCACGUUUAUGGCUGUAUUUUUUCAUAGUUACCCCAUGUAUUCUCAGCUGCCUCAAUAUGCCUUUCUUCCUAGCCCUCAGUACAUUUAUCCCCCUUCUUCAUAUCCAUGCGCAACACUACCUCUAGCUCCCCCUCCUGCUCCAUCAGCAGUAGCCCCAAACUCUGUGAAUCAGCCCUUUCCAGCCUCUUCUGCCACAUCGACUGAGGAACAGCAAGAGGGCCGGCAUCACUGGGCCCUACAGCUGAGUAGCUCACGAGGCAGCUCCCCACUUCAACUGGAUUUGCUUCAAGAAGAGCUGCCAAAACCUGUGGAGCCUUCCAUCAAUACUGAUGUUAAAGCACAAGCAGAAGCUAAAUGUGACAAUGCUCCAGAAGGUGGUGGUAACAGUGCUAGCAGCCAUUGUGCUUCUAGUGAAUUUACUGACCACCAACUACAUCAGGACUCCCAGUCGGGCACAGGUUGAGCACUAUCAGGCAGUGGAUCAGCUUUAUUUAGUUCUUUAGUUCUGCUGGCUCGGGAGGGGCGCCCUAACGCUACAUUUUUGGCAUGCCCUGGGAACCAACAUGGAGGACCGGCCAAAGACUACAGCUCCCGGCAUGCUGCGGGGUACAGAUCUUUGCCUCCGCUACGGCGCAUGCUCCAACCCGGUCCUGCUGCGGUACCUGUUUUCCUACGCUAGGUGGGAGCAGAGCGAUGUGCCGCUACUGCGCAUGCGCCCCGCCCUUCUGCCUGCAGUACUGCCCUGUUCCCAGCAGGCGGCAGCAGAGAGCGGGCCGCGUCUGCGGCUCCUGCCCGCCUGCAGUGGCGCUGCUUGGCCAGCAGGGGGCGCGCGGCACGGCCACAGCCGCGGCCCCUCA